GGGGAGUUCCACACAUUAACUAGCUCGCCCUGCACACAAGCAGAGGGAAGCAUAGAUCUCGUUCUGCCUGAUCUCUCCGCUGCAUGAACACAGAACCACCAUUCACAUCCCAGAAGGGGAAGGGCAGAGGAGGCAUUGAUUCUACAGGAGUGGACGGGAAAGGGUGCUGCUGAGACCUAGAAUGCUUACAUCUCAGAGGGAUGUGCAGGAAUCGUACCUUCCCAGCUGGAAAAUAAAACCAGAGUACUCCACGAAAGUGCUCAUUGGAAACUGGUUGGAAGAGAGGAAAAGGUUUACAAAAGACAUUGGGAAACCCAGCAACAGCAUCUAUGGGACUGACUUUAUUCGCUUCCCUGGCCACAGAACAGAUCGAACAGUGAGGAGAACCAUUAUGAAGAAACUUGAUGGCCUGCCAAAGCAGCAUCUGUUUACGCAUCAUGAAGAACCGAGCAACCGAAAUUUAGUAACUCAUUACGAUGAUCAUUACAACAGACAUGGCUAUAAUCCUGUGUUGCCUCCGCUCCGCAGAUGGAAUGGACAAAAGCUAGCCUGGCUUCCGGAGAAAUCAGAUUUCCCCAUUUUCGAACCACCCACCAACUAUGGCCUUUUUGAGCAACUAAUGAAAAAAUGGACCCACCAAGAGGCUGGAGUGAUGAACAGUGUCUACACUGUUUCUUAUGAGAUGCCGCCUGUUUCUGCUUUUGCCGUUCGCCGACGUCCGGUCACAAAUUGCCACCGGCUCCCCCGUGAUGGGCAGCGUCUUCCCCACAGCCUCAGUGCAAGUCUGGAAUGUGACGGCGCACCAAAGUGCCUUCCUGUUUCCGAGCAGCCGGUCAGAGACACGGCAGCCAUUGGCGCCACGCUGUAGAGUGCUUAUUGCGAUACUCUCACUGCUAUUCAAAUACAGCAUGUUGCCCAAACACUAA